AUGUGGCCAUCUAGAGAUGGGUUGGGUGUACAGGUCAGUUAUGGAUUACAAGGUGGGAAUGUCUACGCUGAAAGCCUAGAUUCAGAGCACCCAUGGAAGUUUGCAAGAGAAAGGGAAGGUGGUUUAGCAUUAUCAAAAGUUCACAAUUCAACUCAAAGAUUAGUACCUCCUCAAAUAAGCAAUGUUGAAAUCUCUGUUAGCAAGAAUGAUCAACUUAAUGAUGUGCUGAAGGAUAUACCAAUAUCGUUGUUGAAUCAACUAAAAAAUAGUGAAGAGUUUAUGUCCUCAGAAUUUAUUUAUGACCCAACUUUUGGUAAAAUGAUUCAUGAAGGUGUAUUAAGGGCAUAUCGCUCAGAUAAAUACUUGGAUGCCAUAGCUUUCGUUACGGGUCCAACAAGCUCUACUCUGAGUCUUCAUCGUUUGUCUACUGUUCCAAAUAAUGUUGAGCUUCCAAAUGGAGAGAUCGUUGAAAUGGAGGUUCCUGUGUUUGGGGAAGGUUAUAAUUUUGAUUUCAAUUCUCCUAUCAAACAAGUUGAGUUCUGUAAUCCAUUCAUCAAAGGUCCAAGGCAUUCAAAUACCAUUUUGGUAAGAACAGCGUUAUCUAUCAACAUUAUGAACAUUGAAACUAGAAAACAUUCAGUUAACUUGGUUCAUUUUGCUGAAAUAGAUCCAACCAUGUUAUUUGGAGAAUCAUUUGCCUGGGUUUCAGCAUGUCCAUAUAAGCCUUAUCAGCUUGCUGCUGUUGAUGUAUCUGGUAACUGGGGCGUUUUCCAAAUCUCAAGAUUGGCAAAUCCAUCAUUAUUGCAUUCUGGAAGGAUUUUUGAUUCUGAAGACUUCUCAAAUUUCAAAAGGAUUUCAUGGGGGAUCAUUGAUAAGGAUAUAAUAGUUUUAAGUCGAUCGUAUGUGAAAACUUUCAAUCUGGAAACGAAGGAGAAAGUUGAUAUCAUAUCUGCCAAAAAGUGGUCAUCAAUUAGAGAUUAUAAAAGGGUGGUUGACGAUUCAAAAUUUGCAUUUCUAUUGACAUCAAGAGAACUGGUAUGGGUGGAUGUUAGCAACGGAUUUAAAAGAAUACUGGUUUGGAAGCAUUAUUUAGAUGCAGAAGACCCAUCGCUAUCUUUAGUGGUGAAAUCAAUAGAGGGAAUCACAUAUGCCUCCAUUCACAGUCAAGUACAUCCAUUAGUGUUUGUUUUCCAAUUCAAGUUUGAGGACGGGUUGCCAAAAUCAAUAAGAGAUCCUAUAAUGAUCAAGACUGAUACUUCGACUUCGGCUUUGGACUUCCUCUUGAUGCCUGCUACCAUAAAAAAUGGUGGUGGUGAACGCUGCGUCGCUUUGUUCAAAGUUUCAACUCAAUUGGAAAUUACAAGAAUGGUUAUUUCAACUUUUAAGGACGCUAAGUUAUUGAAGCAUUCUGCUUAUAGACGAAACAGUAUAUUGAAACAAAAACAGGAUGCCGGCUCAGACAAAAAAGCUGCUCUGUUCAACAAUCAAAAGGCAAAGGUUGUCAUGGGGUUGGCCCAAGAAAUAUAUGAACCACUUGAUAUUAAUGAAGACUUUCCACAUGAAGAUGCUGAAGUUUUUCAAAAUUAUGCAUCAUCUUUGGGAAUUGAUGAAAAUCAAGAGAAACCACCCUCAUCUCUAUUGAGAAUUUCCAAUACUAUCGAAAACUUCAAUCACUUUGAUGAGUUUGAUAAUAUGAUGGAGCAACUUCAAGAAUAUUGUGAAUCCAAAAAGGUCUCGUUCAUACCAUUAGAGAAGAUUUCAUCACAUGUUUGUGGUUCAAGCCUCAGUAAAAUCACAGAUUUAUACCAACAUCUUUAUAACCUUUGGAAUAAGGAGUCCAACUCAACAGAUUCCAAUAGGUUCUUUGCCAAACAUAUUACAAAAGAACUAGCAUUAGCCCUAUCAAUAACAUAUGAUCAAUUACUAGAAGAACAAGAGCUCAACAAAAGAGUUAAUAAGCUGCCAAAGGGUUUGAAGAGUGUUGUUGAUAAAUGGGAUGAAGGUUUCGAGCAAGAACAGGAAGAAGAAAUCCCUAUACAAUUACAAGAAACGGAAAUCCCACAGCCUAUCGUAACUGUAUCACAAUCACAACCAAGUGCAACCCCGGCAUCUCAAAGAUUACUAAGACCGUCUCAAAAACGAACAUCUCAGUCAUUGAAACCAUCACAAUCACUGUCUCUGAGACCAUCUCAAAAUCAGUCACAAACUUUAGGUUCAAGCCAAAAUAUUUCAUCACAGUUACGACCGAAGAAAAAGAAAAGAAGGAUAACAGGGUUUGGGUAA